AUGCCCAUUCCCCAAUCAGCUCAGCACCAAUUGUGGGUUGUCCAAGCGACAAUCGACUCCCUUGUCGAAUCGACACUGUUGCAGUCAUUCACUACAGGAAUCUAUGCUUUACUUUUUCUCCAAGCUAUUGGGCCUUCUGUAAAGCAAAAAAAGAGAAUUGUCAGCGGAACAUUGAGCACCCUUUUUGUUGUUAUUGUGAUAAACUUGGCGGCGGCAUGGAGCACAUGUCGUUCUGUGGUGGUCGUUCAUGAUACCUCACGGGAAUCAAUGGCGCAAGAUUUAUUCACUGGCCCAGAGUCUACGAUGCAAAAAGUGGCAUAUGGAACUCUAGCAAUUUCUGUUAUUAUUGCAGAUACAUUUAUGGUUUGGCGAUGUUAUAUGCUAUGGCAAACCAAGUUAAUAUUAGCCGUGUACGGUCUCGUUCUUGUCGGAGAAAUUAUUAUUCUCCCGAUAUUUUUGGUUUUACAUAUCACACUGGGGUCUAGAUUUGGCUUCCUCGACCUCUACUUUAUUUUAUCCUUGUGCACCACAAUAACAACGUCCGGCCUCAUCAUAUAUCGGAUCGUCGACGUAUCAAGUCGAGGAAACAAUGACAUAAGUCGCUACCAUUACACCAUAAAAAUUCUGGUCGAGUCCGGACUAUUAUACACAGCGGUCAUUUUGAUCUGUGGAGUUACGCAUUUGAUGUUGGACUUUGGAGUGGUUACACCUGGUGUAAUUCAAGCGGUUCAGGACUUUGAUGCUAUCUUGGUUCCCGUCACUGGCAUAGCCCCAACCCUUAUCGCCUCCAGAAACGCCACAAAACGCGAGGAAAAAAGAGAAAAAGAGAACCGUUCGACCUCCCAAAUGAUUUCUCAGCUAAAUUUUCAUAGAGAUGAAUCGAGAGCGGACCGUUCGCAAUCUACGCAAUCUGAAAACUUUGAAACCUCUCAGACAACUCCUGGAGCUAGCAGGCAGUGGCAAUGGCAAGCUCGUACAGUUUAA